AUGGCCGUCGGAGGAGCUACCAACGCUGAUGCCGUCCAGCCCGGACAACCAUUCCACCCAUCCAACCAGAGCACAAACAACAACCCUCCUUCUACCCACCAGAUCGGAACUGCCAAUGACGGUAUCCAGACGAACGCUGUGAAGGUCUUGCCCGCAGGCACUUCUGCCAAUGACCCGGAACACACCUUCCAACCCAACCCCAACGCAACCGAAACCGGCACCAUCCCCCGCGGCGCCGAAGACACCGACCGCCCCACCUCCACCUCCGCCCUCGACACCUUCCCCGACACCACCUCCAAGGACUUGACAUCCGGUCUUGGCCAGCCUGUUCAAGGCCAGAGUUCUCGCGAGCUUCAUACCGCCAAGAACCGACCCACUAACAAGAAGGAGGGAACGGGGUUGGCUGGUGUUGGACGUGGUGAGGCGGCGAGGAAUGUGCAGGAGGUUGUUGGGCCGAAUCAGGAUGCGCACCAUAACUCGGCGAACAAGUUGCACUCCAUCUAA